AUGGAAAUAUUGGAUGACAGGAGAGGCGGAUGUCUUUUGGCUGGUGUUGAUGUGAUGACUCCCCAGGAGGCCGCUGUGGCCACCCUCUGGUUCCCCCCAGAUGGCGGGGCUGGUGGACGACGUCACAGCCCGUGGUUGAAGCCACAUGUGCGCCUGUGUCUCGAACUCUGGGCGCUGCUGAUGGUGUUUGAGGCGCGUGUGCGAGUCUGCGGCCGGGGCUGGAUCGACGCGGUUGCAGGUGGUGAUUUGAGCGUUGCUUGUGAUGGCGAGGAGGAAGAAGAAGAAGAGGGGGUGUUGAUGCUGCUGAUUAUAUCUAUGAGCGGUACCUCCGUUGUUCAGCACAUCGACGCCAUCGACGCCUUUGCCAGGACCCUUUACGUGCGCACCGCUCAGUCAACUGUCCCGUCUCUAUCUGGCAAUGCCGCUGAAGCCGUCCGCGACCUCCACCAUGCUCUGCGAGACCUCCGCAUAGAGGCUGCCGAUCCGGACUCGCGCCUCAACUCCUCAGACUCUUCUCCCUACUCCAAGCAGCUAGGCUCCAUUGUCGAGGACUCCCAGAUAACGCUCAAGCAGCUCGAGCUCGUGUUGGACCUGAACAGCAGGGGCGGAGGGCCCUACGCUGAUGGCGCUGCUGAGGGCAUCAACGCUGUGCAAACCAAGCUGGUCCACCAAAAGACUGUCAUUGAUGCCUUUUUGGACCUGGUGCAGUCGAGUGACACUCCGCCAAGCAGCCGCCGCCGCGGGCCUAGCCUGGAGACCAUCAAGGACAAGGUGGAUGCUAUUGGACGUAGACUCUUUCGUCGUGACAGCAACAAGACCAAUAAUGGCGAAGACAAACUGUGGAAGAAGUUCAAGGCUGAGCUUGUCAAGGAGGGAUUCUCAUCCAAGGUGCUGGAUGAGCAUGAGGAUGUCCUACGCGCCUACAUUCAAGAGAUCGAAUCUGUGCCAUCUAUGAAGGACGGCGUCCCACCUACCGUCAGAGGACUCCUUGAGCUUGAUGGCAACUCCGCGCCUACGCCCAUGCAUGCUCGCCAUAUGACCUUUCCGCCCGUCGACUAUCAAAAGGCACCUGCUAGCAUGAAGACUGAGCGACUCAUGCCGGACCAGCCUCCUUUUCCGUCUCUGGCCCAGGAGCUGUCGUACGACCCCCGUGCCUGGGCUUCAGGCGAGAAUGGCGGCAAUAUUGGCGAUUCCUUUACAUUCAUCUCCACACGAGAUCUACUACUAAUGGACUCACUCAGCUCGGACAUGGCUAGCCUCCAUCUAAGCAGCUCUCCCACACAGUCUGAUGCUCCAUCGUUCCAGCCCAUCAUGUCUGGGGCUUUGCCAAUACCCGAGAUAAGGCUACCAACGUCUACACCCCCUCAGCCAAUUCCCCCAGCGAAGCAACUUAGUGUAGACGGAGCAGCGCCUCACGUGUACGGUUCUAGUGCUCCACCAGCAUAUGGGGGCACGUCGGUGCUUCGGUUGGCCCCGGAUAGCUAUGGGCGGGAGAUUCCUAUGCAUGCGGAAUGGACCAAGAUCAACCGUACUGUCGUCAGCCCUGAGGCUCUUCAUCGUGCCGGCGUACGGUACGAAGCUCGACCGGGCUACGUCGCCAUCCUUGGCCACCUAUCCCUCGACCAAGUUACCCAAUAUGCCCGUUUGAGCGCGGAGUGUCGCGCAGCUCGGCCAGGUGUGCCUCCAGUCAGCAAACAGCAUGCUUAUAAUAUGAAUAGACCCGAACGAACGGGAUCGGAGAGUAGUCGAGAUGGGAGCGUCGAGGACGACAAAGAUUCGGAGCGCCGGAGCGACAUGUCUGACGCAGACGAUGACAAAGCUUCUGACGGAAAGACUACCAAGGGCUAUCCCAUCAUUGUGAACCCGCCAGAAAAAGGCAAGGCAUCAUCCCCAACCAAUCCCGUGAUGCCGAAGCCCAUCUUGAAGAACAAAAACACCAACCAUGUGCGCUUCGACCCUGAGCCCCACGAGGUUGAAGCUCGACCAGAAAAGGACAACCGCGAGGGUCGAGAUUCCAAUUCUUCCAGGAAGCCUCGAGACCGCGACGAUAGAGAUAGAGAUGAUCAUCCUAGACGUCGCGAAGACAGAGACAAGAGAAGGCGAGACAGUGAUCCGUCCUAUGACGACAAAUAUCGCCGAGACCGAGACCGAGAUAGACACGAUAAUUACCGAUCGCACCACAACGACCGCGAUCGCCGUGAUGAUCGGAGACGGGAGAGACCUGCCAGGAGGCAACCAUUAGGCGAGGCGCUCGGUAUGGUAGGCAUCGGUGGUGCUGCUGCCAGCUUGCUGGGAGUUUUGGCUGAGGCUGCCAUGGGAGGUUGAUGAUGUGACAUGUUGACAUUUUGCAAACAUCUUGCGUUUAUUUCCCCCAGUGUUAUUAAAGGGGCUCAUUCUUUUAACUUUACUCUACUUUUUCUUUGUACAUCUUUUGGAUACGGCUGGCAUUCAAGGUUGGGAUAUUUUACCAUUACACCGGUUAGUACUGCAAACUAUUGGGUUUAUUUGCGAGCUACAACAAUGCUUUAAUGCGUCG